UAAGACCCAAUGGCUGGUGCAAGGUGGCCAGGAGCUCUGAGACGCGACAGGAGACGGUGGACGAAGGAGAGAAGAAGAAAAGAAGAAAUCUCAGGAGCGACAUUUUCUGGAUGGACAAAGAGGAUGAGAGCGCCACGGGAGCGUCCAUAGGAAAUUGCAGGGAGCCGUGGGGCAUUUCGGUGUGAGUCUAGCUUGUCAAAGGAACUGCGUCGACAGAGAGAUCAGCGCUCUAGUACCACAUGAUUUGGAAUGGACCAAGAUUUGACCCUCAUUCACAUGCUACUACACACCUGGAACCGGGGUACCACUGUAAGAACGGUGAGCCGCUGACUCCUGGGAGCCCCAGCCCUCCCCAAUGAAGCAGUCCUGGUGGGCCCGUCUGGCACAGCUCGGCCUGCUUGCUGUGUGGACCUGCAUGUGGCUGGUCCAGGGAUGCGGACCGGGCCCUGGCUACGGCGUCCGCUCCAGGCCCAGGAAGCUCACGGCCAUGCACUACAAGCAGUUUUUCCCCAACUUCUCAGAGAACAACCUCGGUGCCAGCGGGAGAGCAGAGGGCAAGAUCACACGCAACUCUGAGCGCUUCAACGAACUGGUGUGCAACUACAACCCAGACAUCGUCUUCAAGGACGAGGAGAACACCAACGCGGACCGCUUCAUGACCAAGCGCUGUAAGGACUGUUUGAACAGGUUGGCGAUUGCAGUGAUGAACCAGUGGCCAGGGGUACACUUACGUGUGACGGAGGCCUGGGAUGAGGACGGCCACCACCCUCCCGGCUCUCUGCACUAUGAAGGCCGGGCCGUGGACAUAACCACUGACGACAGAGAAACAGAGAAGUAUGGUCUUCUAGCCCAGCUGGCUGUGGAGGCUGGCUUUGACUGGGUCCACUAUGAGUCCAAAUAUCACAUCCACUGCUCAGUGAAAGCCGAUCACUCUGUUGCAGUGGAAAAAGGUGGCUGUUUCCCAGGCUGGACCCGGGUGACUGUUGCUGGCGGGGUGCAGAAGAGCCUGUCGUCCCUGGCCGUCGGGGACAGAGUCAUGGCCCUGUCUGGGACAGGCCAGGUCGUGUUGAGCCGAGUACUCUUGUUUCUGCACCGGGACCAAGAAAGCUGGUCUACUUUUCUGUCUCUGGAGACAGAAGAUGGCCAUCGUUUGGCCCUUACUCGUCAUCACUUGGUCUUUUUAGCCCCACAUUGCAGACUCAACAGCAGUGAGUAUCAGGCUCAGUUUGCUAGCAGAGCCAAAACUGGAGACUGCGUUCUCAUCCAUACAGCAGAGGCUCAAGUACGUCCAUCUCGAAUCAUCUCAGUUUCAGAAGAGGAGAGUGUGGGAGCGUAUGCGCCCUUGACAGAAGCUGGAUCUGUGUUUGUUGAAGGAGUGCUGGCAUCCAGCUAUGCUCUGGUGGACGACCACAGACUUGCACACUGUGCAUUUGGACCUGUGCGACUCCUAUCUUCAUUCAACCAGCUACUUUGGGGGGAGACAGGAAACGAACAGCGGACCACAGACAGUGAAACAACUUGCACUAAGACUCAUUGUAGCACUUUGGCUGCAAAGGACAGAGCAGGUGUUUGUGUGAAUAAUGGCACUCUGAACAAGCAAGACUGUCUGAGUGAACCUCUGAGGACGGACACGAAAGAGAAGCAGACUUCAAAUGUGCAUUGGUAUGCAAGACUACUGUAUAGUUUUGGAUCUAUCUUUUUAGACUCCAACUCAUUUCAUCCUUAAAAGCCUAAAACUGUGCACACUAUGUCACAGUGUACAGCUUUGAUACAUUUACCCUUACACCUCCUGUCCUUCUCUUUAAUAAAUUAAAAGCACUGGAAUGGCUUGCUUUUUUUUUUUUUUUUAUCAUUGUCUGCAUUUUAACCUAUCAUAAUGAUUUGAAUGCUGAAAGUGAUAUUUUGUCAGGGACUGAGUUGGAUGAGACAAUUUACCUGAGCAGGUUAAUGUAAAAAGAGGUCAUUUCAAAAUGACUGUAUCAUAGUCUAUUUGUAAAUCAUGUUAUUUCUUUUAAUUAUUUCAGUUAUAUAUGUAUUAUUCUAAUGGGAUAAGAAUGAAUUUUCCCACAACAAUAGAAUCUUUAUUUUUGUACUUUAUGAAUCAUAAUAUAUAAAUGUUUCAUUUUAUUAUAAUAUUUCCACUAAAUGUAUUGUA